UCCAUCCCGUACACACGAGUACAUUUUCUAGAACGGAUCUACACAAUCUUGAAGAAGGAUUAUCGUUUUGACACUGCAAUAUAUCGGGACGUUAACGUGUUACAUAACAGCUUCUGUUGUGCAUUUAGAAUCGUUUUUUGAACUGUUUCCCAUUCUUUGGGCCAAAUAAUCAUCUUUUUUUAAGAAGUCGGGUACGAUUUCACAGAUCGGAAGCGGUUCCGUCAUAAUUUGAUGUAUUUAUAUGAAACGUGCGAAGUAACCGCAUUUGCCGAAGUGAAAUUCGAUAUCUCAAAUACAGAAGAAAGUCUUGUAAAAAUGAUGUCAAACUUUGGGUUCAGUUCAAAUUAGCUGUCACCAGCAAUAAAAUAGAACCAUUUUCCUUUUUUAAAAAUAUUAUCCUAUCGAUACCAGAGAGAGGAGGGGGAGAAAGUUGUAAGAUCCUGAAGAAAUGUCGGCAUACAACUGUUCAGAUCCUAGCGGGGUGUCCAAUGGUUAUUAUGUGAUAGACAAGACUUACUAUGAGAACGGUGACCAAGUGUACUUUAUCUGCCACUCCUCGUACUCACUGGAAGGGAACCCCACCCUGACGUGCGAUGGCAACACUGGGAACUGGUCAGGGACGUACCCCACGUGUUCCGCGACCACCACUACCACUGAUGCCCCGGAGUACGAAGAAUGGCUGUAUGUAGGGAUAGGCGCCAUAUCAUUUAUCGGUUUCCUGCUGUUGCUGCUUCUUCUAUUGCUCUUCUUAAAAUGUUGCCUCCGACUUUGCAGCAAAAGUUCCCGUGUAAGCUUUCAACGUGAUGUUGAAGAAAUGAUGGAGGUUGGGUGUUGUUACUAUUGCUGCACGAGAUGUUGCAUCAAGUGCUGGUCAUGUUGUCAAGGCAACAAUGACGUCAUGAAAGUGAAAAAUUUUCAACCAAAACAGCAAGACAUCAAGAAUAACCCCAAAUCGGGUUACACGGUAGCUACAUCACAUCCUAAUUCUGUGUCGGUGAUGUCUGGAGAAACAAUGGAGACGACUCCAUCUUUAGUUCGGAAGGAGUUGAAACCUGCGAGAGAACUAAACACGUGGGUGCCUCACACACACGGGGUCCGGAAUAUUAACACCAGCACCAGAUGAAGACCAAAAUCUGGUCAACUGUUUAUGUUUUCAUUAUUUAUUACAUUGAACAGCGAUUAUUUAUUUUCAUAUUGAGUAGUAAUUCUAUUGGUUUGACAGUUGAAUCGCUUCCAUCAGCCUGGUUCCCGGGGUCUUCCGAUUGUGCAAGCUUUAAUUUGUACUUGCACAAUCGGAACAUUUUGUCAUGACGUCUCCAUGAGAUUGAAAUUUGUAAAAAAAAAAAAAAUAUGUAGUCGUUUAAGAUAUUAAAAAACAAACAUACAUUUUUAAAUAGAACAGUUUUUAAACCUUUUUUGAUAUAUACCUGGCCAUUACGGCAGAGUUAAUAGCAUGCAGUAUACAUGUAUAUGCAGAACACUUGAGGCAAAUUUUAACACUUAUCGUUUUACUGAGUAAAAA